AUGGCUUCCGUAAGACUCGCUACCGGCCUCGCUCUCCUCGAGGGCCUUGGCUCCUUUGCUGGAGUUCAAGCCCAGGCCGCGUCCCCGGCCGAGAGACCGUUGCCGGAGCAAGCUCAGAUUAUUGACCAGAAGAGCUUCCUUGUCUUGGAUGAGGUGUUACCUCCGACGAAGGCCAACGCUACUACGGAGUUCCUCUGGCCCGGCGUUACUCACGAGUCUCUCACGGAGAAGCCUUUCCACGUCUAUGAUCCGGACUUCUACGAUAUCAUUGGAAGUGACCCGUCGUUGACUUUGCUCGCGUCUUCGGACUCGGACCCGCUCUUCCACGAGGCUGUAACAUGGUACCCGCCCACGGAUGAGGUCUUCUUCGUGCAAAAUGCCGGAGCUCCCGCCGCUGGUACUGGUCUGAACAAGUCGUCCAUCGUUCAAAAGAUCUCCCUCGCGGACGCAGAAGCGCUGCGCAACGGAUCCCUCGGUGCUGAGGCAGUCACUGUUCACACCGUGCCGUCGAACCCCCAGGUUAUCAAUCCCAACGGCGGAACCAACUACAAGGGUAACAUCAUCUUCGCAGGUGAGGGCCAAGGAGAAAAUGUCCCAUCCGCUUUGUACCUGAUGAACCCCGUCGAGCCCUACAACACAACUCUUCUUGCCAACAACUACUUCGGCAGGCAGUUCAACUCCCUGAACGAUGUCUCGGUGAACCCCCGCAACGGCGAUAUCUACUUCACCGACACCCAGUACGGAUACUGGCAGUACUUCCGCCCUGAGCCUGGUCUGCCGAACCAGGUGUACCGCUUAAACCCAGAGACCGGUGCCCUGACCGUUGUGUCCGACGCUUUUGUCUCGCCAAAUGGACUCACCUUCUCACCCGACGGCAGCUACACCUACGUCACGGACACAGGAAUGAGCCAGGCACUUUUCGGCACCAACAUGACCAAGCCGGCUACAGUUUAUCGAUUUGACGUCCAGCCAGACGGCACUUGGGAGAACCGCAAAACCUUCGCGCACGUCCACGCUCGUCUCCCUGACGGUAUCCACUGCGACUCAAAGGGUAACGUCUACGCCGGCACCAACGACGGCGUGCACGUCUGGAACAACUCCGGGAAGCUCCUCGGCAAGAUCUACACCGGCAUCGUGGCCGCCAACUUCCAGUUUGCGGGCGAGGGGCGUAUGAUCAUCAUGGGCAAGACGAAGCUUUUCUAUGCCACCCUGGCCGCAUCGGGUGUUGCCUUGCAAUAG